AUGGAACCGAAUCAUCCUGAUGAGCCUGAGGUCCAUGCUUCUCAGCAACCCGAAUCAUCUGUUAGCCCGGCAGAUAGCUUUCUGACACGUCUAUUGAUGGAAAUAGACGCUUCCUCUCCUGUUGCUAGCCACGUUCCUGUACAGCCUCUUGAGCAGGUCGAUCAGUCGUCCACGACUAGUGUUACUUGCGCAAAUGUCCCGGGCACGCCUGUUGGAGCCAUGCACGAAGACAACCUGGGAUCUCAGCUUUUCGAGCAGGUCAAUCAAUCGUCCAUGGUUAGUGUGACUUGCCAAAAUGUCCCUGGGACUCACUCUCCUAUCUCUCGGACUUUCACGAGUCACUCAUUUGAAGCCAUGCACGAAGACAGUCUGGCUCAUCAGAUCCAGCCUCGAAUAUGGACUUCAUUUGCCCCAGGCAUGAGGCAGGCUUUGGCCCCUUCCGUUCAUACGUCUGACGUGAAUCCACUGGCUCCAAUUGACUAUUUCAGCCAUCCCACUACUUUUGUGGAAUUGGCGGUCAGAAGGGAUCUUUCAUCUGAUAUUCAGGGCCUGCGGUCUUCACAGAUGUAUUCGGAUGAACCCUUUCUGGAAGCCCCCAACCCUGUUGUGAAAGCGGAACCUGGAAACGCGCCCUCGUCCAUGUUCGGAUUAUUCGAUCAUGUGAAAUCUACUGCAAAGCCAACUACUCUUGGGCUUACAGAUGUGGACAAUCUUUCGGACAAUGAAAUCCUUUUCCUCUUUGGAGCCUUCAGUCAGAUGUUCAAAUUAAGUCCGCGCUUCGAGUUCAAGCAUGGAGGCAAGCGCGGAAAGAAAAUUGGUCUGAAGCUCACUGUGUUUGGCCACACGGUCUUAUUGCCCCCCACAAGUGAGGUUGCAGAUGAAAUCAGAAUCUUGGGCUGCAAAAAGAUCCUUGCUAAGCUGCGUGGUUAUAACCCCCAGUGGGAGGUCCCUCCCCAGCCCAUUUCUGGACUUCCCUCUUCCCUUGGAUGGAACUGGCCGAAUAUGCUAGAAGAUUUUUGCGCGAAUGAAGGUUGGUCGUUCCCAAUUUACAAGCCCACAAUGUACGGGAAUGAUAACCAGUGGCACUGUGAUGUCUCGAUGAACGGCCACCUGUUCCGCACAUCUUGUCCAUCGGACGGCAAGGAGCAAGCACGAACCACGGCCGCGCACCUUGCGCUGUAUACGCUGCUGGUGAAUUGGAGAACGACUCCUGAGUAUAUUCUACCGGUCAACGACCCGGCUUUCACGUUCGCUAAGGCAAAAUGGUGCAAGGCCAAGAAAAACACCACCGUUUCUACCAUCCCUGCGAAGGUUUCCACCGUCCCUGUGAAGGCUUCUUCGUCGGUGGAUAGCCUAAUGAGUGACCUAGAGGAAGCCUUUAUCGCGCGGAACGAGCGUACCCAGGGUGUCAGAUCAUCUAAGGGAAUUAAAAUGCGCGGUAAGAUGAUCAAAGAGGGCCCCAAACCUGCAGCCGCGAUCCCGCCCAAGGCUCCGAAGGCUAUGGCUAGGAAGGCCAAGGCUGCGAAAGCUAGGGCUGCGAAGGUUUCAGCUCUGGAAGAUGCCAAUUCCAAUUCGGUUCCUUUAGCCAAUUGCCGCGUGGCCCCUCGAAUGGUGAAGCCGGAGGUUGUCGAGAUUCCUCUGAAACUGCUUAAAGACAUGGAGCAUGAAGUGGCUACACUGAGUGGGAGCUCAUCUUACGCCACAGUUCUGUCCCACAUGUGUCUUCCACUGGGUGUCAACCCUCCCGACAUCCGUUUCGAACCGGAUCCCGAGAGUCUCGUCCCCAGGAAAUACAUACUUCGUGCCUGGUUUGACCUCAGUCACCCCUACCUGUACCGUGCUAGCCCAAUCAUGCUGGCCAGGAUCGGGAAGACCGAUGAGAAGGAGGCUCGCUUGAUUGGCGUCAAGCAGGCAAUCCUUUACCUUCUCGACAUGGUUCAGGAAGAUUCUGGGAUCAAUAUUUUGGACCCAGUCUAUGAGGUCUCGUUUCCGACGCUGAAGGCGUUGGAAAUUGAGGUCAAGAACAGCUUCGCGCGGCGUGCACCGCCCUAUGCAGGGUUGUGA